AUGUCUGAGGUUGCUAUCAAAUCAUCUUGUUUUAACCAUUCCUACAAUAUAGAGCCCUCUCAGUUGGGAAGCGAAAAUGGCAAGAUCGCUAUCAACAGGUUACCACCGGAAAUCUUGGCAGACAUAUUUUUUAUUGGGACAGACUGCGAUCGCGGGAUCUGGGGCUCUGAGCCGCAAAUAAUUGGCUUCCAACAUACUGCUUCACAUGUUUGCAGCCAUUGGCGUGAUGUUGCUAUUAGUACUCCAAAGUUAUGGAAUUUUAUCCAUAUCUUUGGCCUUCCAAACGAAUACACAGCUCUUUACAUCGCCCGUGCUGGAAAUACACUCCUUGAUGUAUUGGUUGACAUGUUUAAGCUCGUCCCUUUCCCUAAUUUUCCCUACAACUCGUCUCUAAGCACCAAGCCGACAAUAAAAAUCCUUCAGUUCUUGACUAGGCAUGGGGCGGGGGCUAAUCGCUGGCGGUCUCUGCUUGUUCGCUUCCCGGAAUCGGAUCUACUGCCUAUGUUUAUUGGCUACUUGAAUAACAAUUCACCGGCCUACCUACGCUUGCUCCAUUUUGAAUGUGCCAGCUGGAGCUUCAACCAAACGGACGAUACAGAUCAGCUAAUAUUGGCGGAUGAUUUGGAAGAUAUUGUCAGGAUCAACCCAUCCCACUUUUUACUUGGAUCAUCGUUCCAAGAUUGCGCUUCCCCGUACUCGACUGGCCUUACAGGUCUGUUACGAUCAAACCCUCAAUUAGAGUCUUUAUCUCUUCAAAGCGGAGAUUUUUACCGUCCAAAUAUACAAGAUCAUUCCACAAUACAGCCUGUGCUUUUAUCGGCUCUCCGUUCGCUUUAUAUUAGUGCCGUCGAUAACGCGACGUGGGUUAUACACGUCCUCUCAACAAUCAAGGCGCCAAAUCUGACCCAGCUCACCAUCCAGUCCUUUAAUCGCUGUGUCUUUGGAGGCAAUGCGCGCGAGGAACUUGUGUCCUAUUUAGCCUAUGGGAGCAACACUUCCAUAGGUUCUGGCAAUUGGGACUCAACCUAUGCGCCGGCAUAUCCCUCCCUCAAAAGCUUUAACACUUUCCACUUUCCCUGUAGGAAAAAGGAGUUCACUGAUUUGAUGAAAUCGAUGCCACAAAUCACUCACCUCAUAGCUCGUAGAAAGCAGGCUGAAUGGUUGAGUGAAGCCCCGUGGAUGGUACCCACACUAGAGCUACUCGAGGUUCCUCAUAUCUGUAUUGAUGGGGCCAUGAAAAUCUUGCGUCUCAGAGCAGAAGCGAGUACUCCGAUUCAAUCAAUCAAGUUCCAAGGAGGAUCCAUUCGACUGCCAACGUCGUGCGUGAAGAAUUUUGACUCUGUUGGCAACUGUGGAAACAUGAUGUCCCAGUACGAAUAUCACAGCCAUGCAAUUACCACAGAGGUGACAGGUGAUCUGAAAAGUGUUCAGCAACGAUUGGAGGACUUCAGCAAGGAAUACGAAGAUCGGUCCGAGUACGAUUUGGAAGACAAUCGCCGCGACGAGUUUUUCGAUGGCGACUAG